AUGUCUCCGCUGCUUAUCUCUCGCAGAUGCCAGUCUUCUUUCCUGCCAGCUCCUCCAUUCACCAUCAAGGACUUGAAUGAGUCCACCCUCGAAGCAAAGUAUGCUGUACGUGGUAAGAUCCCUAUUCGUGCCGACGAAUUGAGGUCGGAAAUCGAUACCAAUCCUUCCCACGGCUUGCCUUACGACCGUAUCAUCAGUGCCAACAUUGGUAACCCUCAGCAAUUGGACCAGAAGCCCUUGUCCUGGUACAGACAAGUCUUGUCGUUGAUUCAGUACCCAACACUUAUCAGCAAGAUUGAAAAGUUGGAACCUUCUGUUCGUGAACACUUGUACCCAUCUGACACUGUGGAGCGUGCCCGUAAGCUCCUAAAGUCCACCGGUUCUGUCGGUGCCUACUCCCAUUCCCAAGGUGACGCUGGCAUCCGUAGAUCGGUUGCUAACUUCAUUGAAAAGAGAGACGGUUAUGCUGCUGACCCUACUGAUAUCUUCUUGACCGGUGGUGCUUCCGCUGCUGUUUCUUACUUGAUCCAGGUUUUGUCCUCCAACGACAAGUCUGGUUUCUUGAUCCCAAUUCCUCAGUACCCAUUGUAUACCGCAUCGAUUGCCUUGAAUAAUGCUGUCCCAAUUGGCUACCUCUUGAACGAAGAGAAGGAAUGGUCUACCGACCCUAACGAGAUUCGUGAAUUGAUUGCUGAAAACAAGGAAAAGGGUGUCACCAUCAAGGCUUUGGUCGUUAUCAACCCAGGUAACCCAACCGGUGCUAUCUUGAAGGAACAAGAUAUUGUCGAGCUUAUCAACAUUGCUGCUGAACACGGUCUUGUCCUUAUCGCUGAUGAGGUUUACCAGGAGAACGUCUUCCACGGCGAGUUCGUUUCCGUCAAGAGGGUCUUGUCUAAGUUGCUCGAGAAGGAUAAUGAAUUGUACAAGCACGUUCAGCUUGCUUCUUUGCAUUCCACCUCCAAGGGUGUCAGUGGCGAGUGUGGCCAGCGUGGUGGCUACAUGGAAUUGGUUGGUUUCACCCGUGAGGUCCGUGACAUUAUCUUCAAAUUAGCAUCCAUCAACCUUUGUUCUGUCGUGUCCGGUCAGGCCCUUGUGGAACUUAUGAUCAACCCACCAAAGCAGGGUGACCCAUCUUAUGAAUUAUACCACCACGAGACUCUGAGCAUACACAAGGACCUUGAGAAGAGAGCCCUGCUGUUGUACGAGGCUUUUAGCAAGAUGGCUGAUGUUAGCUGUCAAAAGCCACAAGGUGCCAUGUACCUUUUCCCACGCUUGAACUUUUCAAAGGAGAGCUACCCUUCUUUGUUCAAGAAGGCUGAUGAGAUGAACUUGACGAUUGAUGAACUUUAUUGUACCGAAUUAUUGGAGAAGACUGGUAUCUGUUGCGUUCCUGGUAACGGGUUUGGCCAGGCACCAGGCACUGCUCACUUGAGAACUACCUUCUUACCUCCAGGAACCGAAUGGAUUAGUAGCUGGGCUUCAUUCCAUGAAAAGUUCGUUGAACACUUCAAGCAGUGA